AUGCAGGUGCCGCAGACUCAUGAUAGUGCAACCGAGCCCAAGCUGGCUAAUCGACUGGCUGCCAGUAAAUCUCCAUAUGUGAGAGCGCACAGGCAUAACCCCGUGGCCUGGCAAUUGUGGGAUGCCGAAAGCAUGGACUUGGCCCGACGACACAACCGAUUAAUCUUCUUGAGUAUCGGUUAUUCAGCCUGUCACUGGUGCCAUGUUAUGGAAAAAGAAUCAUUCAUGUCCCCAGAGGUGGCUUCCAUCCUCAACGAAUCCUUUGUCCCAAUCAAAGUCGACAGGGAAGAGAGACCUGAUAUCGACGACAUUUAUAUGAACUAUGUCCAGGCAACAACAGGCUCAGGUGGUUGGCCUUUAAAUAUUUUCUUAACCCCCGAUUUAGAACCAGUGUUCGGCGGCACCUACUGGCCUGGCCCGAACUCCACGGCACUACACGGACCAGAGACUACAAGCUUCGUCGAAAUCCUCGAAAAACUACGGGAUGUUUGGCAAACUCAACAGCAGCGCUGCUGUGAGAGCGCUAAGGAAAUCACAAAACAACUGCGAGAAUUUGCGGAAGAGGGCACACACUCCUACCAGGGUGAUCGGCCAGCCGACGAGGAUCUAGACAUUGAACUUUUGGAAGAGGCAUACCAACACUUCGUUUCUCGGUAUGAUCCAGCACAUGGUGGAUUUUCUAAAGCACCGAAAUUCCCAACCCCUACCAAUUUAAGCUUUUUGCUCCGUCUAGGUAUCUAUCCGAAGGCUGUGACCGACAUUGUUGGGCGUGAAGAAUGUGAAUACGCAACCACAAUGACCAUUAAUACACUUAUCAGCAUGGCCCGUGGAGGUAUACGAGAUCAUAUUGGUCAUGGGUUUGCCCGAUAUAGCGUCACGUCAGAUUGGGGAUUGCCUCACUUUGAGAAAAUGCUAUACGACCAGGCCCAACUCCUUGAUGUGUACACUGAUGCCUUCAAAAUCACUCAUAAUCCCGAGUUACUUGGUGCAGUGUACGACUUGGCGACCUACCUGACUUCCGCGCCCAUUCAAUCGCCUACCGGGGCGUUCCAUUCUUCUGAAGAUGCGGAUAGCCUGCCGACUCAUAAUGAUACAGAAAAGCGAGAGGGCGCCUUCUAUGUCUGGACCUUGAAGGAGCUAACACAGGUGCUUGGACAACGGGAUGCUGGAGUCUGUGCUCGCCAUUGGGGUGUUCUUCCCGACGGCAACAUUGCGCCAGAGAACGAUCCUCACGAUGAAUUUAUGAACCAAAACGUGCUUUCUGUUAAGGUUACACCAAGCAAGCUGGCCAAGGAAUUUGGAUUGGGUGAGGACGAGGUGGUGAGAAUCAUCAAAUCUGCCAGACUAAAGUUGCGCGAGUAUCGAGAAAUGACCCGCGCGAGACCUGAUCUGGAUGACAAGAUCAUCGUUUCCUGGAACGGGCUGGCGAUUGGUGCGCUAGCCAAGUGCAGCGUGUUGUUUGAAGAAAUCGAGAGCUCGAAAGCCGUUCAAUGCAGGGAAGCUGCUGCCAAGGCGAUCAACUUUAUCAAAGAAACUUUGUUCGACCAGGCCACCGGCCAACUGUGGCGGAUCUAUCGCGAUGGCAGCCGAGGAAACACCCCUGGGUUCGCGGAAGAUUAUGCAUUUCUCACCAGUGGACUGCUGGAUAUGUAUGAGGCGACAUUUGACGACAACUAUUUGCAGUUCGCGGAGCAGUUGCAGCGGCAUCUCAACAAGUAUUUCCUUGCCCACGUAGGAUCAACGCCUGCCGGUUACUAUACUACACCAUCCACAGUGACACCAGGUUCCCCUGGUCCUCUACUUCGACUCAAGACUGGCACAGAGUCCGCUGUCCCAUCUGUCAACGGAGCUAUUGCGCGCAAUCUCCUCCGCCUCUCCGGUCUGCUUGAAGACGAAGAAUACCGCACCCUUGCUCGUCAAACCUGCCAUUCUUUUGCAGUGGAAAUCCUCCAACACCCAUUCCUCUAUGUUGGUCUUUUGGACGCGAUUGUAGGACUAGAGACAGGAACCCGGAAUCUUACAGGCGUAUACUGCUCAAUGACGGUGCCUUCAUCCAGCGCAACCCCCUCAGCGGAGGUAGCGGCCACCAACGCACCGGCAGUAUCUGCACGGGAACUGUUAAUAAAGAAGAUGCGUUCAGAGGCAGGCCUGCCGCUGUCAACAUCAUCAACAACAACCGCAGCUCUGGUGGACAUGCGCCCUUCGCAUCUAGCAGAUUUCGUUGGAAACCAAUCGUUUUGGCUGCGCACAAGGAACCGUUUGUUCAAGGAUAUUAAGACGUCCACACCAAGUAAAAAUUAUCUCCAGGUUUGCGAGGAGGGACGUUGUCGUAACGUUGAUGUAUGA